GAGGGGCAGAGCGGAGGGACCCCGGUCGUUUUUCAAUGCUGGGGAGCUGGGAAGCAGGAACCGCCGGAGGUGGGCAGGUGGCCGCGGCCGGCGGAUCGCCAAGCCGGGAUCAGGAGACCCUUCCCGGCCGCGCAGGGUGUCGCCUCACCGGCCUGGUCAGCUGGAGGCGGAGACCAUGCAGGACUUCAGCCCUGUUUGCUGCAGCCAACGCGAUGUUCGGGUUUGUGGCCUUUGGCUCGUUUCGGGCCUACACCCUCCUAGCUGUCCUCCUGGCCCUGCUGGUCAUCACGGUCACCACCCGAGAUGUAAUUCGGUCCAGAUCCGCAGGAGCUCAGUUAUGGCACAGCAUGACAACAAGCUGGGAGAUCAUUGAUUCAGGCCAGGACAGCCGGACUGGGGUCGGACCUCAGCUUACUGACUCCCUCAGACUCUUUCUGCAAGAGACAUCAGCUUUCAAAAAGCAGAACCCAGGCAAGUUUUGCCUGCUGGUUUGCAGUGUGUGCACUUUCUUUGCUGUCUUAGGACGCUACAUUCCAGGGAUCGUUAUCUCAUAUAUUCUAGUGUUGGGUGUCUUUCUGUGGCCUCUGAUUUCAUCUCAUGACAUCAGCUCGUGGCUGGAGCCAGUUCUGCAGAAGCUGGACUUUGGCAUCGGGGAGUUUUUUCAGAAAAUCAAAGAGAACCACGAAAAGCGACUCCUGCAGGCUCAGAAUGAGAAAGAAGGCAUUGAGUCAGACCUCUCCUCUAUGUUUCCAAAGCUUGACUCCACAGUGUGUAAAGAGAUGUCUGUCUCGGACACAGAGGUGUCAGAUGUCACAUGGACAGACAAUGGUACUUUCAACCUGUCAGAGGGACACACACCACAGACUGAGAACUCAGAAGACCUUGACAGAGAAGAACCGUUCAUUGGUGGCCUGCCUGAAUUCCCUUCACUUGAUAAUGGCACGACCACCAAUGGCGACGACGACUAUGACCUCAGCCUCGGCCUUGCUUCACCUCCAACUCGGCUCCAGGAUCCAAUCAAAUCCAAGCACGAACCUCAAGACCAGUCCACUAAUGCCCUCGAUUUGGUCAACCAGAUGGCAGGUGAAGUUAUCACCGCUGCAGUCACGGCUGCCAUCCAGGAGAGAAUAGAAGCAGCGGUCAGCUUCAUGACACCAACUGAAGACCCCAAGCGGGCGAGACUCACAGAAUCGAGCAGGCUGCUGGAGCUGACCGAGGAGUCGGACAGCGAGGUGGAGGACUUUGAGCUGCUGGACCAGUCAGAGUUGGAGCAAUUGGAGGGGGAGCUUGGCCUCGGAGAGGAGAAGGCCAAAGCCAAAGAGGAGGUGCAGACCGACAGUCCCGCCUCUUCUGGCUUCUUGUCCAAACUCCUUAAACGCCACUGACGGAUGAAAAGUUUGAAAGCAGAUGGCGAGGUGUGGUUUCCAGAGGACAUGUGGAGGGGAGGCAACUUUAUAGAGCUGUGAGAACACAGAGUUUCAAUUUAGCUUCUUCCUGUUAAGCAAACAUCUACAGAACUGAUCAGAUAGCGCUGUCUUUUUUUAAUCGAACCAGAGUAGCCCAAAGCUGAGACCACACCAUAUAGCCUAAUAAUGGCUGACCAAACUGAGGCCUCUAAGAUGAUUUCAGUAACUAAUGAAAGAUCCAUGCUCAUCUGAAAACAGGCAUAUGGAUUUUUUAAAUUUAUACUUUUAUUAUUUGCUGGUCCAGCAUGCCAUUAGGACUGCAGCUGAUCAAUCUGUCAGUCAGAUGGAGGCUGGUCACUCACGUUUAUAAGGCUUUAUAUGAAUUUCAAAUUAACACUGAAUUGACUUAGACGUAGUUUUCAGGUAACAGUGUCACAAUGUGGCAAGUGUGCAAAACUAGUGUAGUACAAAACUCUCACUAGAAUAUCUCUUUCCAUUUUACAAAUGCUGGUUUAUAAUAUGAUUUGUUAUUCUUAAGUUGCAGGAAGGUAAACCCACAGUAUGCACCUCCAGCCCUGGACCUAAAACAAAUUAGGUUCCCAUAAAUCUAAUUUGCAUUCUCAUUAAUGUUGCAAUGGAAAAAUGUUAUUUACUUAAAUCUAACUUAUCACAAAAUCAGUCAUAAUUUUUAUGUGAGACAGGAUUGCUCAAACUGAUAAUCCAAGAAAUAAAAGAGGAGCUCGGAAUUUAGUUUACAAUGAAACGUCUGUUUUAACCCAAACUUUGCUGAACCUAACAAAGUAGUUUAAAGCUUAAAAAAAUGGGGACAUUAAGAUGAAUACUGACUUCCCGUGAGACUCAAAUCUUGUGACCUACUACUCCAGUACUGCUUCUUGAGUUGGUCCUUCACAUAGAGCUGAGAGAAAUUAGACAUUUAAUUAUGCCUAUGAGUCAAGUCACAGCAAGGAUUAAGUCACCUUUAUUAAAGGGGGCAUGAAAUGCUACACUAUUGAGCCCUGCUCUAAAAAACAGACAAAGAUGUAAAACUGUCUGUGAAGCUGGAUUUAAGAA